AUGGGGUCCCGUGCUUCUACGUUAUUGAGAGAAGAAGAAAUAGAAGAAAUCAAAAAGGAAACUGGAUUCUCACACAGUCAGAUCACCCGCUUGUACAGCCGCUUCACCAGCCUGGACAAAGGUGAAAACGGUACUCUGAGUCGAGAAGAUUUCCAGAGGAUUCCUGAAUUGGCCAUUAAUCCAUUGGGUGACAGAAUUAUUAACGCUUUCUUCCCUGAGAGUGAGGACCAAGUCAAUUUCCGAGGUUUUAUGCGGACGUUGGCACAUUUCCGACCAAUUGAAGACAAUGAGAAAAAUAAAAAUGCUGCACCGUCAGAGCCACUAAACAGCAGAACAAACAAACUCCUCUUUGCAUUCCGGCUAUACGACCUCGACAGAGAUGACAAGAUUUCGCGAGACGAGCUGCUACAGGUUUUGAGGAUGAUGGUGGGCGUGAACAUUUCAGACGAACAGCUCGGCAGCAUUGCAGACAGAACCAUCCAGGAAGCAGACACCAACGGAGACAGCUCCAUCUCCUUCAACGAAUUUAUGAAGGUGCUGGAGAAGGUCGAUGUAGAGCAGAAAAUGAGCAUUCGGUUUCUCCAUUAA